CGGGCCCCGGGUCUCCAGGUCUGCUCCGCGGGUCCGAGUACCGGUCUGGGUCUGGACCAUUUAACGGGACUUUUCACUUCGGCUUUUUCCGCCUGAUUCCGCCGCGGUUCGGAGUUUGACGGAGUUUACGCUGCGUUUGUGGAUUAUUUACAUUUUUUUUUUAAUUAUUAUUAUUAUUUUUACUUUUUUAUUUUUAAAGGAAGUAAAGGAAUUCUCGGAUAAACUGCUGCUUGGCUUCUUUAGACCUGGUCCAGUCUUGGUCUAGAUCUGGUUCUUCUUCAGACUUGGUCCAGUCUUGGUCUAGAUCUGGUUCUUCUUCAGACCUGGUUGAGUCCUGGUUCAGAUCACCAUGAGGUCUGCCUUGAUCUUCGUUUGGAGUCUACACCUGGUCUGGACUUUCCCAAACACGACCCCGGGACCCUCCUCAGACCCUGUGGUCCCAGGCUCGGACCCGGACUCGGACCCGGGCUCGGACCCGGGCCAGUCCCCGCCCGGGUGCCCGCCCUGUGAGCCGUCGCUGUGCCCCCCGGCGGUGGGCUGCAGGGCGGGGGUGGUCCCGGGCGUGUGUCGGUGCUGUGAGGAGUGCGGGAACAUCCUGGGUCAGAGCUGCGACCCGGGACCCGAGCCCAGACUCCACGGACUCUGCGGAACCGGCAUGAGGUGUGCUGUGGACCCUCGCCCUGGAGCGCGCUCAGUGGAGGACGAGGACGAGCUCAUCUGUGUGUGUGACCAGCAGGAGGCGCUGUGCGGCAGUGACGGCUCCACCUACAGAAACAGGUGUGAGUUCCGGGAGGCUCUUUUCUUCAAUCCUCUGCUCAAAGUGAAAGGGAAAGGGCCCUGCAAAACCGUGCCGGUGAUAAAGGUUCCUCCUCAGACUCAGGUGAACACGUCGGGUUCUCUCCUCCUCUUCCUGUGUGAGGUUUAUGCGUUUCCCGCGGCGACGGUGGAGUGGCGGCGUGAGGGCCAGGAGGGGGCGCUGCCGGGCGACGACCCGCACUUCUCCGUCCAGUCGAGGGGCGGGCCUCUGAAGUUCGAGCUCUCCAGUUGGCUGCAGAUUGAGGGGGCGGAGCUUCAGGACGCCGGGACCUAUCAGUGCGUCGCCCGAAACAAACUGGGGGCGGUGACGGCGUCGGCGCAGCUACGGAUCAUGACACGAGGUACGGAAAACGACACGAGAGGAUUUAUCGUCGUAUUUGGCCAACAGUAUCUCAGAGAUGAACCAGCUUUUGGACCCGGACUACGACCAGGACCUGUACUGAACACCAGAACAACGCCAGAACAACACCAGAAAAACGCCACUUCCUCACCACAAACCUGCCUGGAGAAUCCGUGUGUCGUUCAUUCAUUCGUUUUUCAAAUAAAAACCAAAAAUAAGAAAAUGAAAAAACAACAGUUUUCUUCAUUAUUUGUCUCCAAAACCAAAAUGAAAAAACAGAUAAUGAUUCAUUUUUUCAGUUUUCAAUUUUGUGUUUAAAUGAAAAAUGGAAAAAACGGAUAAUGGACUGAACUAGUACUGAGUGUAGGGACGGGCCCGGUCUGGUCCUGGUCUGGCCCUGGUCUUAAUCCCGGUCUGGUCCAGGUCUCAGUCCUAGUCUGGUCCAGGUCUCAGUCCUGGUCUGGUCCCUUUCUGGUCCCAGUCUCAGUCCUCAUCUCAGUCCUGGUCUGGAUCCCGGUCCAGGCGCACCUCCGGGCCUGUCCCCACACUCAGUACUGAUUUAGACCUGGUUUAGUCCUCUUUCAGCCCUGGUUCAGUCUGUUAUCCAUUUUUUCCAUUCCCCCCCACAAAAAAAAACAAAAAAAACAAAUCCUUAUCUGUUUUUUUCAUUUUGGUUUUGGAGACAAAUAAUGAAGAAAAUAGUUUUUUUCUUUUUUCUUAUUUUUGGUUUUAUUUUGAAAAACAAAUGAACGAAUGACACACAGAUUAUCCUGAUUUAGCUAAACAACACAGAGAGGAGUUUUAUUUUUACAUUUUAUUUGAGUUAAUUUAAGAUGAAAUUAUGAACAAAACUGGUUCAAACUCCAACCCUCAUUUAACUUUCAUGGAGUUAAAAUAACACUCCACAGCUCUGAAAUGUUUUACCCUUAAAUUUUAACCCUUUAGUUUUUGCUGUGUACAUGUUGAGCUGUCAAAACGUUGUGUUCCACCUGAUGAUGUCAUGAGGUGGUGUUUCUCUGUGUCUUCUCACCUUCACUUCACUGGAUUUACACAUUUCGGUGCUAAAAAUGCCGACACUACAAAUGGUGAACGCUGCUUUUUUAUUUAUGUGUGAAUCAAAGAAAAACACAGUAGUGACUUGUGUUCAAAAUGAUGACUAUUAAUUGUUAUGUUAUUUUGGAUUUUAUUAUUAUUAAAAAUGUAUUCUCUUUUGUAGUUUUUAUGUACGUUUUUUUAUAAAGACCUGUCUGUUUAUAUUGGCUUUUAUUUUGACCCGGAGUCUGCCUCAUGUUGAACAUUUGGCGGACGUCUUAGGAAAUACUUUAAAAUAUAAGUUUUCAUGAAAAUGUGAAAACGUUUAU